GAUGUAGGGGACUGGGAGACGCAAGCGCUUGCGCAUUGGCGUGGCCGCUCCCGGCCGCGUGCGGCCAGAAUGUCUGCGCAAGCGCCAAAGCACGGGCGGUUAGCUGGCUCGCUACAGCGCAUGAGUACCCACUAGUGGUGGGUACUGGGGUGGAGGCUUUGGAUUAAUGCUGUAGGCACCAGACCUGUUGCUGUCGAGAUGGAGAUGGAGCAGCACACUAGUAACGCUACUAAGGAGAAAGCCAAAGAGGAAGAUAGCGUUGUGUGUCUUUGUCCAGCAAAAUCCUCCCCCAGUUACAUUAAUCUUCCAGCAAAUUUCACGCCAGCUAAUUUCUUGACCAUCCAGACAAAGCUGUCUUCAGGAGCUGGUCAGAAGCCCAAGGAAUGCUUCGGACUCCUCGAGUGCAUGUAUGCCAACCUCCAGCUCCAGACCCAGCUUGCUCAACGACAGAUAGCUAUUUUGGAAAACUUGCAGGCAUCCCUCUCACAGCUGGGUUCUGGGAGGGAGAGCAAGAACUGUUCUCUCCCUGGCUUAUGUUGCAAACUGUUAUUAAAUCACCUGCCCCAAUUCCAUAAAUGAGCUGUGGAACAAAGA